AAUUUGUCGCACAAAAAAAUAUUCAUCUGGUGCUCUCCUCUCCUUUCCUCCCCAUUCAUCUCCCUUCUUCCUUCAUCGUGCACCAACUGCUUCUGCCGAAAUCCUACUCAGCACGAGGCGAUGGAGGUGGGAGAAGCUGUGGUGGAAGCUGCGAUCGGAUGGCUGGUGGGAAGCGUCCUGAACCUCUUCACUGAAAAGUUGGUUGCAUGGACUUACGAAGUUGGGCUUGCCCACGAUGUGGAGAAGUUCAAGUCAGCCAUGAUGUAUGUCCAGAUAGUGCUUGCUGCUGCCAACGGGACGAAGAUCGAGAACCAGCCGCUGGCUCAGUCUCUGAGUGAUCUUAAGGGGCUGCUCUACGACGCCGAGGAUGUGAUGGACGAGCUCGACUACUACCGCCUCAAAGAACAGGUCACAAGUGGCAAUACUGGAGCUGGUUCAGUUACUGUUGCGCACAAUACUACAACUUCAUCCACGUCGUCUCGCAAUUUCGUUCGCCAGAUUGGAAGCGCCGUAAUGGAACGUUUGAAGAAAAGGAAAAGAGAGGAUGACCACAACAUUGCUGCCAACAGACACCUAGGAAACAUGACUACUGAGUUUUCUCGUACGAUAAAGGACAUUGCUGAUAAACUACGAGAGCUUGGGGGUGAUGUUAGUAACGCUCUGAAAAUAGAUGUAUCGAACUUCCGUGUAGCUUCAAAUCUGAAUCAGAAUACACCCAAGGACACACGUCUAACAUCAUCAUAUCUUGUUGAGCCUAAAGUGUACGGGAGGGAUGCAGAGAUGGAAUCCAUCCUAAAGCUGAUGGCAAGCAACAGAUCCAAUGGCAUAACUGUCCUACCGAUUGUAGGCAUAGGAGGCAUUGGGAAGACAACUCUAGCCCAGCUUGUGUACAAUGAUCCAAUGGUUGCAAAUCAGUUUCAGAUCAAGAUAUGGGUUUGGGUGUCUGAUAACUUUAAUGUACCUAGGCUGACAAGGGAGAUGUUAGACUGUGCCUCUAAACAAAGGCAAGCAGAAACAAGCAACUUGAACAAGCUUCAGGAGGAUCUAGAGAAAAGCAUGAAAUCUAGGAGGUUUCUAAUUGUCUUGGAUGAUGUCUGGGAUGACAUGAACGAAGACUCUUGGAACCAACUGUUAGCUCCUUUGAAACGUAAGGCGAUGGGUAAUCAGGAAAUGUGUAGUCAGGAAAUGGGUAAUCUGGAAAUGGGUAAUCAGGCAAUGGGUAAUCAGGAAAUGGGUAAUAUGAUACUUGUGACAACUCGAAAAUUGUCUGUUGCAGAAAUGACAAAGACAGUUGAACCAAUCAUGUUACGUGCCAUGGAAGGGGAUGAUUUCUGGCAACUAUUUGAAUCAUAUGCAUUUGGUGAUCGACAAUAUAAAGAUCAAAGGCUGUACAAUAUUGGGAAGCAAAUAGCUCGAGAGUUGAUGGGGAACCCCUUAGCAGCAAAAACUGUUGGCGCGCUAUUAAGAAGAAAUAUGAACAUUGAUAACUGGACUAACAUUCUAAACAGUGAAGAAUGGAAGUCCCUACCAGGCCUCAUGCCUGUUUUGAAGCUCAGCUAUGAUUACCUACCAGGUCACUUGCAGCAUUGCUUCAAAUAUUGUUGUCUAUUCCCCAAGGAUUAUCGCUUUGGUGGAGCGGAGUUGGUCAGAAUUUGGAUUUCACAAGGAUUUGUGGAUGGUAGCCGUACCAGUAAAAGUCUAGAGGACACAGGGAAUGACUAUUUGGCUGAUUUGGUGGACUCGGGCUUCUUUGAGAAAAUUGGAAGGGACGGGCAUUCUCCGGAAUGCUUUGUCAUGCAUGAUCUUAUACAUGAUUUAGCAUGGCAGGUUUCAAAGGAUGAAUUUGGGACUAUAAAUGACAGAGACUGUGAAGAAAUCUUACCAACUGUACGCCAUCUAUCAAUAGUUACUGAUUCAGAAUUUUCUCAUGAAAUUUUUGAAAAAAAGAUGCUGCAGGUUAAAUCUGCGAGAAAGCUGAGGUCCUUGGUAUUAAUUGGCUAUUACGACCCGUCUUUUUUCAGAUACUUCCAGAAUAUGUUCAAACAAGCAGAAAAUUUACGGUUGCUGCAAAUCUGUGCAACUUAUGCUGAUUUUGUUUCCUUCCUGAGCAGUUUGGUAAAUUGUUCCCAUCUUCGCUACCUAAAACUUGAUAACAAAGGGAGCGAUGAAGCUUUGCCUAUAUCUCUGAGGAACUUUUACCAUCUUGAAGUAAUAGAUGCUGGACACCCAACUAUAGUUCAUGGUAUGUAUGAUCUUGUCAGCAUGAGGUAUCUUGUUGUGACAAAGGGAGCACGCUCUUCUGUUACUAGUGUUGGUGAAAUGAGCGAUCAUCAAGAUGUGCCGAAUUUCACAGAUCAAAAUUCUAGCUGCUCUGAGAUAACACAACUUCAAUCCAUGAACAAGCUUGUACAACUUGGUGUGUUUCAACUCGAAAAUGUCAGUAGUGCCGAGGCUUCUGGUGCAAGACUGAGAGAUAAACAACACUUGCAAAAGCUGGGCUUGUCUUGGAACGAUACUUUGUCGCAGGAUGGAUAUGAUAGUCAAAGUUCUGAACAAUUUGUUGACACAGCGAAAGAGGUUAUUGAGGGUCUUGAACCACAUCGAAACCUAAAGCAUCUUCAAAUCUCUGGGUACAGUGGUGCUACCUCCCCAGCUUGGCUUGCCACUUCAGUUAGCUGUUUGCAAACGCUUCAUCUAGAGGAUUGUGGACAAUGGCAAAUACUCCCAUCUCUAGGGAGGCUUUCGUUUCUUACAAAGUUGAAGUUAAGGAAGAUGCAGAAAGUAAUAGAAGUAUCGAUUCCUUCAUUGGAGAAGCUGGUGCUGAUUGAAAUGCCAAAGUUGGAGAGAUGUUCCUGCAAUUCCGUGAGGGACUUGAACUCUAGUUUAAGGAUACUGGAGAUUGAGAAAUGCAGUAAACUGAAGGUCUUUCCUCUCCUCGAGAGCUGCGAGAAACACAAAAUCGAGAAGAAGUCAUGGUUGCCCCGUCUUAGCGAGCUUACCAUCCAUGAUUGUCCUUAUUUAAUGGUAGCAUAUCCUCUACCACCUUCAAGUAGCGGUUGUAAAUUAUCCAUCGCGAGAGUUUCAACACUUCCAACGAUGGAGGGAUCAUCCAACGGAGAAUUGAUAAUUGGAGCGGACUCUUACGAUGGAGAAUUUGAUGAGGAUUCCGAUGGGCUGACAAACCUGGACGACAAAAUUGUGUCAUUCCAUAAUCUGAGGGACCUGACUCGCUUGCAAAUAGUACGGUGCCAAAAUCUAUCGUCUAUUUCACUCGAAGGUUUCAGGCAACUCAUCAGCUUAAAGAGUUUGGAAAUAGACUUUUGCGGAAAACUUUUCUCUUCAGUUGUUGUGCCAGAGCAUACCCAUGAAUACAUGGCAGACGCAAAUUUCAUUGCCCUCCCGUCUCUCAAGUAUCUCAGGAUUGAUUCAUGGGGAAUAACCGGGAAGUGGCUAACUGUGAUUCUGAAACAUGUGCCGGUCCUAGAGGAGUUGGAUUUAAAUGAUCUGAAUAUAUCAGGGCUAUUGAUAGAAGGGAAAGAGAGUGGUUUAUCACAUCUCACCUCAGCUCAUAGGGCUUCAUCAUCAGGAAAUAGAGAUGACGCAAUGACAAGCUCAACUCCAGAUGGGCUGCUGCGUGUUCCAUCAAAACUCAUCCCCUCUCUCAAGAGGAUGUCUAUAUGGGAUUGCCGCAACCUAACAUUUCAGAUGAGCCAGGAAGGCUUCGCUGGAUUCACCUCCCUUGAGGAGCUAACAGUUGUCGGAUGCCCCAGGCUGAUACCGUCUUCAGUGCAUAAAGACGAAAACAAUGACCAGGGAACCGGAAGAUGGCUUCUCCCGCACUCACUUGGCAGACUUACGAUCAACCAUUCCACAGAAAUUCUGAGGCCCUACUUCGAGGAGAACCACACCUGCCUCAAAAAAUUAGAAGUAACGAACAGCCCAAGUUUGAGAUGUCUAAAGCUGGAUUCCUGCACAGCACUGGAGGGAUUGGAUAUUCAUGGUUGUGAAUCGCUCACCGCGUUAGAGGGCUUAGAUUCCUGCACAACACUGGAAGAGAUGAUGAUUCGUCAUUGUGGAUCGUUCACCGAGCUAGGGGGCUUCUCUGGAUUCACCUCCCUUAAGAAGCUAACAAUUUGGGAAUGUCCCAGACUGAUACCGUCUUUGGUGCAUAAAGACGAAAACAGUGACCAGGGAACCGGAAGAUGGUUUCUCCCGCACUCACUUGGCGAACUUAAGAUCAACCAUUCCGCAGAAAUUCUGCAGCCCUGCUUCGAGGAGAACCACAACUGCCUCAAAAAACUAGAAAUAUGGGGCAGCCCAAGUUUGAAAUGUCUACAGCUGGAUUUCUGCACAGCACUGGAAGAGAUGGCGAUUGGUGGUUGUGGAUCGCUCACCGCGCUACAGGGCUUGCAAUCCCUCGGCGGUCUCAGGUAUUUGAUAGUAUGCCGCUGCCCUGGUUUACCUCCAUGUUUGGAGCAUCUGUCAAGGCAGGGCUAUGAGCUGUGCCCUCGACUGGAAACGCUUCAGAUCGAUGACUACUCUUUCCUUACCAAGUCAUUCUGCAAGCACCUCACAUCCCUCCAACGCCUACAAUUGCACGCUUUGUCCAGACAAGUUACGAAACUAACAGAUGAGCAAGAGAGUGCGCUUCGGCUCCUCACGUCCCUCCAGGAGCUCGAUUUUCAGAAUUGCCGAAGUCUAGCAGAUCUUCCUGUGGGUCUCCACAGCCUUCCCUCCCUCAAGAGGUUGAAGAUCUUCAAUUGCGGGAGUAUCUCAAGACUGCCACAGAUGGGCCUCCCACCUACGCUGGAAGAGUUGGAUGUUAGCUGGUGCAGCGAUGAGCUAUCUGAGCAAUGCAGAAAGCUAGCAACAAGCAAGCUAAAGGUCAAAAUUGAUUGCUUAUUACAGGGUGGUACGUGAACUGAUUACUGGGUGGCUUGUUCAGCACACGUUUCUACCUGAGCAGCAGGCGUUCAAGCUUCUGUACAUACCAGUGCUGCAGUGGCGUUGAGAAAAUUUGUGUGCUAUCAUGUUCAACGAGAAGGGACUCCGAGAUAUAUCUGAAGAUACAUUGUGCUUUUCAUAAACAAAAUUUGGUGUAAAUAAGCGUAUUCAAAAUUUUCAUGCUAACCAUGCAAAAUGCUCUGCAACUACAACAAGGUACUCUCCAAUUCUCAGCCUCAAUUUGAGAUUAAUGAUUGUGGAUCACUCACCGCGCUAGAGGGCUUGCAAUCCCUCGGCGGUCUCAGGUCUUUGGUGGUAUCCGGCUGCCUUGUUUUACAGCUCCAAAUGAGAAUUGCUACAAACUCACAGAUCUUCCUGUGAGACUGCUAACGUGCGAACUCUCAACACUGGUUGAUAAUCACUUUCGUAGUAUGCGAUUGCUUGCCACAAAUGGGCCUCCACCUACGCUGGAAAAGCUGGAUGUUAUCUGUUGCAGCGAUGAGUUAAUCGAGCAAUGCAGAAAGGUAGCAACAAGCAAGCUAAAGGUCAGAAUUGAUGACAAGGAAUAUGUUGUGAAUCGUUGAGCACACGUUUCUACUAGCACGUCAGAUUUCAUUGUAUUGCUUUCCAAGUCUCUUUGCAGCAUUCAAGCUACUGUACAUUCUAUUGCUACAUCGUCUGUCUUCCGGAUCAAUACAAGUAUCAUACAAUUAGCUGUUCAAGAAAGUGUUUACACAACACACAACCCUGUUUCUCCUGGAUCACCUGUUGCAAGGCUUAUGUUUGCCAGACAAGAGGCCAAAGGUGUGGUUCUUUUUACUCAGAAGCAUCAAAAACUGAAUUUCUCGUGCCAGAUUCUGCGCGGAUUUUGUUUCACUUCUGAACCUCGUCCUCACGUGGUCGUGUUGCUGAUUUACGGUUGCCGUGCUUUGUUAUAAACUUGUUGGGAUUCCCGAAAGCUCAGAGUAUUCGUGUGCUAUCAUGUCCAACGAGAAGGGAAUAUAAGAUAUAUCUGAAGAUACAAUGUGCUUUUAUUUCGAAUCAUGCAAAAAUGUUCUGCAACUACAAUACUGCACUCCAGCUCUCAUCCUCUGAUGUGAUAAACAGUCGAGACCAAUAUGAUGGGAUUGAGCCAACUCAUACCUCGCUGUCAUAAAUCAAGAUGGGCUAGCGAGCAGACAGCUAGUCUGCAUAAAUUUGAGUAUGCAGCCUGCGACGCACUGUGUUACUGCCGAUUGAUUUUCAUUAUUCCGUCUGGGCCUUUUGAAGGCAAACAUGUCGCACCUUUGAUUGUCAUUGAAUUCAGGUAAUUUUGCUGCUGAUGUGAAGCAGUUCUGUAAGUGGUAGUUUCAAAAA